AUGAAAAUAAGACACGACACCAAUGUUUACAAGAAUGGGCUACUUUUAGACAUUGUAGAACAAGACAAAAAUCUAGUUUGGCUUUGCAAUUCCUAUCAUAGAUUCUAUGCUACAACCUUCAACUUCACGGCUAAUCAGAAAUUGAUGAUAAAAUUGAUAAAGGCCUUUGGAUAUAAACUAUGCUUAAUAAACUAUUAUCAAUGGGGAAAGAUGAAGUGUAAGAGGACAAGAUUUGCAUUUUUGCGUAUGGCUAGGUACUAUGCCCUGAAUGACAAAAGGGAGUACGAUCAACACUACGCCGGCUGGAGUUUGCCUUAUAUUUGGUGGAACUCCAAGGGAAGGGACCAAUCGCAUAUUUCUCUAUAUGAGCCGAACGUUCCUUAG